AAAUGUUUGAAAAUAAUGAUUAUUUUACCGUCUGUUUUUGAAUAUAAAAAAUGCGUCGUUAAUUUAGGUAGUUUAAAACCCAUGGUAGUUUUAAAUUCUUUAAUGAAAUUAGUCUGAAAUGAAGUAAAAACUCGAAUUUUUUGAGUUUAUUAUUGUGACACACAUUUGGUGUAAAAUUAUAAAAAUAACUAAAUAAACAAUUUUUAAAUAACUAUUUAAAGAAAUAGUGUUAUGCUGCUGUAAUUUAUGGAAUGACAAUUUUUAAGAACAGACUGAAGUUUUUAUUUCUAUCUAUCGAAAUGUUGUAUAAACAAAUAACCAUGUUGAAAAAACCAGUGGCCUGUUGAUACUCUGACUCCUGAAACCUGCGACCUUACAUGCGACCGGCUGAUCAAGUUUACAUGUAUUUACCAAGUGUUCGAGCGCGAGAUUAGUGAAGGGAAAGAAGAUAUAAGCCAUGGCGUCCUGUUUGUCCGGUGGCCACUAUGUACCGGGGAGUCAGGAGUAUGUGCCUGUCGCCGAAUUUUAUGCCGAUAAGUCUGUUUUCGUUACUGGCGGUACCGGUUUUAUGGGGAAGGUGCUGGUUGAAAAGCUGUUGAGGAGUUGUCCAAAAAUUAAGAAGAUCUACUUACUGAUGCGGCCAAAGCGCGGCCAGGAUGUUGCUUCUCGUCUCACUGAGCUCACACAGUCACCGUUGUUCGAGACCCUACGGAGAGAGCGGCCCCAGGAGCUGAACAAGAUAGUCCCGAUAGUGGGCGACAUCACGGAGCCCGAGCUCGGCAUCAGCGCCGCAGAUCAGACUAUGCUAUGUCAGAAGGUAUCGGUGGUAUUCCACUCGGCCGCGACGGUGAAGUUCGACGAGAAACUGAAGCUAUCCGUCACCAUCAACAUGCUGGGGACUCAACAGUUGGUGCAGCUGUGCCAUCGUAUGCUUAGCUUGGAGGCGUUAGUUCACGUAUCGACGGCGUAUUGCAACUGUGAGCGUGAACGCGUCGAAGAGACGGUGUACGCGCCGCCCGCUCAUCCAGAACACGUUGUGACGCUUGUCCAGACCCUGCCUGAUGAACUGGUCGAUAGAAUCACACCGGAUCUUGUUGGUGACAGACCUAAUACAUACACAUUCACAAAGGCUCUCGCAGAAGAUAUGCUUAUAAAGGAGAGUGGUAACCUGCCCGUCUCGAUCGUACGGCCUUCUAUCGUACUCUCAUCGCUCCGAGAGCCGGUAAAAGGUUGGGUGGACAACUGGAACGGCCCGAACGGGAUCAUAGCGGCAGUUGGCAAGGGUAUCUUCCGUACCAUGCUGGGCACAGGCACGAAGGUGGCUGAUCUGGUGCCAGUCGAUACGGUCAUCAAUCUAAUGAUUGUUUGUGCGUGGAGGACGCAUUUGAGACGAGGAGAAGGCGUAGUGGUGUACAACUGUUGCACCGGCCAGCAGAACCCUAUCACGUGGCAGCGGUUCGUCAAGACCAGCUUCAAAUAUAUGCGGAAACAUCCGUUUAACGAGGUGCUAUGGUACCCUGGCGGCGACAUCACCAGCAACCGGCUGAAGCACGGCACUCUCUCGCUGCUGCAGCACCGCGCACCAGCCGCCCUCAUGGACCUCGUGUCCACUGCUACUGGGAAGAAACCCAUGAUGGUUCGUGUUCAGAACAAGCUGGAGAAGGCGGCCGCGUGCCUGGAGUACUUCACCACGCGCCAGUGGGCCUUCGCCGAUGACAACGUGCAGGCUCUCUGCGCGUCACUCUCGCCUGAUGACCGCAGGACCUUCGAUUUCAACGUUCGGAACAUCGACUGGGACGCGUACAUCGAGUCGUACGUGCUCGGCAUCCGGAGGUUCCUCUUCAAGGAGAGCCCCGACACGCUGCCCAAGUCCAGGGCUGUGCUGCGAAGAUUACACAUAGUCCACAUCCUAACCCAAGUGGCGACCGUGUUCUUCCUAUGGAGAUUUCUGUUUUCACGCUCGAACGCUCUCCGCAACGUUUGGCGACGCGUCCUAGAACUGUUAACAAGGGCAGCCCGACUCUUAGCUAUAGCCUGAUGUCGUCUUCUACUGAAACUACCCUCGUUAACGCCCCUUCAAAUCAAGCUUCCAAUCACGCCACGAUAAAAACAACCAAUUUUGGCAUUUGACAUUUGUUACAAGAUGGCGUCUCCCGCCAUUUCAACAUUGACACCAAUAGAUAUUGUUAAGUACACGGGCAAAUAAUUUAGGUGAUAUAUUUUUCUCUUUGAAAAUAAGCUUUUACGGGGCUGUUAAAUUUGCUUCGGGAUUUACACUGUGUUGUGUAGAAAUUAAAAAUGUAUAUCGUGUUGCUGACUUGUCUUUGAUUGUGGCCAGUACUGAUAGUUGACAAUGACAACUCCUGUAACUUUUGUCUUUGAUGUAUAAACGUUAAGUAGGUCUUAUUGUAAUAAAAGAAACGGCUGUCUCUUUGUAAAAACUUGUUGAUACAAUCUGUUCCUAUAAGAGGCAUUGGUUAUUCAAAUAGUUUGUUCGUUUUGAAACGUAGGUUUUUCCAUAACACAGUGUUUAUCUUAUAUUUCCCAGGCGCUAGGCUGUUAGUUACGGAACGUUAAGUAAUAGUAAUUCCAAUAAUUUUGUACCUUUAACAGCUCAAUGUCUAAUGAAUUCAAAUCUGUUAUCGCCUAGUUUUUAAUAACAAUAGCGAAAUGUAUUGAUAUUCAUGUUAAACUCAUUUAUAUUUUUAGUGUCAGUUUUGUGUCUUAAUUUAUCGAAGUCUUCGAUUGAUUUUAUAUCAUGCUUCCAUGAAAUGACAUUUGAAAUUUCAUCGAUCGGCUUACGAAUUAGUUGGUCUACCAAUAUUGUUGAUUAUUGAAUCUUUGAUUCUAUAUAACUGUUGACAUUGAUACUAUUAUAUGCGAAGAAUCAAUUGAGAAGGACAGUUUAAGACGAGAAGUAAAAAGUUUCGAUCGGCACACAACUGACAUUGUUGUCAAAGUUUGUACAAUUUCGAGGCUAUAAAUGUCUGUAAAAUGCAAUGUACUUUUUAGUUAAAAAGCUUUUCUUUUACCCGCUGAUGAUUCAUUCAGAUAUUUUAGCAGAUUUAAGGGAAAACAUUUCGUUUAGCGAACGCGCGUAUAUUUUUUCAAGAUUGCAACUAGAAUUUCUGAUGGCUCAAUAAUACAUAGAACUUUAUGAACUAGUCAAAUGCAUUCGUUUUGAAGAACAACUCUUAUGUUAGACUUCAGGAUUAGUUGAGCUGUUUUUAUCACAAUUGUUCGUACAUAAUGAAUAUAUUAUAUAAUUAAUAUAACACUUUGGACACUUGCUAAAUGCAUAGAGUUGUUCUUGAACGCAGAAAUAUAUAUUAUAUAUAGGUACCCAUGUAAAAUAAAGAUUCCAAAAUAAAAAUUGUUAAACAAACGACUUAGCGAAAAUAUUUAUGAAGUGUAAAUCUGUGAUACCUUCUAAGUUAUUGUCGACUUGUAAUAUAACUUUUGCAUCUUCGAUCUUCUAUAUAUUAUAUGCCAAAUUGUGUAAAUUGAGUUGGUGAUCUAUAAAUGACUUAUUAACAUCAAUUGUACUAGUUCAAUCAGUAGAUUUUCGCUCUGAUACAUAAGUGAAUUAAUGUGUAAAAUCUCUAAGUCUAUCAGGCUAGAAAAGUCUACUAUUGAAUUCAAGAUGAAUGAAUUCUUCGAACUGUCUUCGGUUUUUGGUCAUGCUAUAGACGCUUCUCGAAGUCUUAGUAGAAAUAUAUUAGAAUUUCUUACUAUUUCUAUAGAAAUAUGAUAAUGAUGAUGAAUUAGAAGGUGUCACAAAGUAAUUGAUUAUAAAGGAUCGUGCGAUUUGAUAGCGGCUAGGAGAGUAGUGUUUCGAAUCGUGGUAUGUAAUAUGAAGCGUAGGAAUGCAUGAAAGAGCGGCAAUUCACAAUUUUGUGAGUUUUUUUAUGGUCUACCGCCAGCUAAACCCAUUGUGAAGAGUUUGUAUAGAUACCUAUCCUAGUGGGUUUAUUUUAUUCUUAAAGUUUUCCAUUUUGUAAUUUCUAUGCCCCGCCUAGGAGUCCAGCAUUUGUGGAUCAAUAUAUAAAUUGAUCGUCUUCGAAGCUUUUCGAUCGAAAAUGCGACUCCUUCUAUUCCUUAUUUUGGCUGUAAUGAAAGCUCAAUUUCAUAAUCUUCCUUAUUCACAUGCUAUUUUAAUGGCUUUUUGAGAUAUGUGUAUCAGACCAUGUCUAUUUAUACGUAACAAAUUUUUGAAAAUAACGAAGUUCCCAUGUCAUAAAUUUUGAUAUUAUUAAAGUAAAAGUAACGUGGGAAUUUGAAAUAUAGAAAUAAUAAAUGCAAGAUAUCAAAUUCGUCACGGCCGAGGCCUAUAAAGUUAAGAAAUAGACAGAGUUAAUAUAGGUUUUGCAUUCAUCUCUAGACAUAGGUGCCGGUUUCUUCCAAAUACCUUUAACAUUGUGAUUUAUAGCAAACUAAAGAUAUUACCAUCCAAAUGAGUGGCAACAUUACAUACGUAAUAUAGAACUUCGAUUGUUAUUAGUGGUAAACUCCGAAUUACACACAUCUUCCAGUACUUAUAGCCUAUAUAGCUUUUAUCAGUUUUGCGUACCUCGAUGACUUUAUAACAUUCGUCGAAAUUAAUUUAUAUAGUAUGGAAUAUUUUGUCGCUCCAUUUAUACUAUUGCAAUAAAAAACUGUGAAUGGUUACCAUUGUUGUUAAAACGAAACUAAAUGUUAGUGAAAACUGAUUUUCUAAAGACAUACCUCAAGUGAGUUAGGUGUGUUUAGUAAUUCCAUUCUAAAAUGGAUAAUAUUUUCAUGUUUAGUCUUAGAGCAGUCAGCUAGAUAUUUAAUUAUUACAUGACAUGGGUCCUUCAAAAGCUUAGUUGAAGCAAGCAAAACAUUUUUAAAAAUUAAAUUAAUAAAAUUCGUUCCAAAAUGACGCUUCCUUAGUGAUAAUUAACGUAGGUAUUUAUUGAUUUUUUAUAUAUAAAAAAAGUAAUAAAUUUCAGUUUUAUAUAUCUAUGCUAGGAUACCCGUAGUAGGCCUUCCGCCUCAAUUCCCUAUGCGUACUUACAACUUGGUUAUUCUUACCAAAAACGCGAGUUACAUAAUCCCAUAAUAUUUGGUAUAAGUGGUAACUGUUAAGUAUUGCCUAAGUUUAUACGACAUGUUAUUUAAGUGUUAGCAUUUUUUCUUAUUGUAUAAGUCUAACAGGACACUUUGGCUCUCACUGUUUUUCUUGUAUCACAAUGAUUGUAAGUAAAAGGUGUUCGUUUGGCAAAGUUGGGGUUUGAAAGUUCUGUCGAUAAAAUUCCUUCUGAAAUGAUAUAAGGGUUUUCAUUUGAAUUGAUUUAUUAACUUCUACAAGGCUUGUUAAUCCAUAACUUUCUUCAUUACUCCGAGAUUGUUCUAUAUUUAUUUAUUUUGUUUUAUUUAUGUUCCUCUGUUCAUUAUUUUCAUUCAACAGUGCAAUGUCUGUAUGUGAAACUAUUGGAUAUGCUAUAAUGAUAAAUUAUAUAGUUUUAUGAGAAAUCCCAACUUUGUGACAACCGUUCCAAUUUUCUUCCAGUGUCGAAUUAAUUUAAGUUCUCUUAGUGUAAAUUUAAAACUUAUAGAUUCCUAAAAGGGAAGUGAAUUCGAGAAUGGGAAACUAGAAUUUAUCGAAGUCAUUGAUAAAAUUGACUUCGAGAUUCAGUGACUUCGAUAAAUGUGAGACUAGUGCGUACGUAUAUAUUUGUUUUUGUCUGUAAGUAUAUUAUAUGUACAUUUUGAAAAAGAAAUACUUCAGUCAUGUUGUUAUUAUUUUCGCGAACUUUCUGUUUAGUAGGUUUUUUGUAUUUAAUUAAGAUAAGAAGAUAUUGUUUGGGAGUCUACCGGUGAAAUUGUACGUGCUGAGUUAUUAAUUGUGUAUAUAGAAUUUAGUUGACCCAAAGUUAAAUCCAAAUAUAUACAUGCAGGAAUAUUUUUUCAUUUUUUCGCUCUAUCUUUAUAAUGUAGACAUGUUUUGGAGUGGUGUAAGGUUUGGCGGUUUUCGAACGAAAAAUUCAAUAUGGCGGUCGAUAGAGGCCGAGUUUAAAAUUGGAAUGUAUUUCACAAUUUGUGCGAUUAAGCGUAAGUGACGAUUUGUGGCUAACAAAACGUCCUGCGGUGGGUUUCUUUAACCGUAGUACUCUAUCCGUAGUUUUGGGUUUAGAGAUUGAAUUUUUACAUAAGCUCCAUAUAAAUUAUGUCAAAUUUCAAUCUAUAAUCAACAAAACAAUAGAUGGAUAGGUUAUAGAAAUCCGCAAUUAGUUAAUUCGGAAGUGGUGGCUUCUACUUAAAUGGCUGAGUAGAUAGUUGAAAAUCUACCGAUUUUAACGUAAACUUGAACUACCAAAUAGUACAAAAAGUUAUUACGAACAAUUAAUAAAAAGAGAAUAAAGUAAAAAAUUGCUUGUUUAUUUACAUUGAAAAAAAUUGAAUGGAUGGAAAAUUGACAAGAUUUUUAGGAUCGCGCCAAAAUUUGACAGUUAAGAUGGCGGCUACCGUUCGAAAACCGCGUUCUAUUGCUUUAAAUACUUUUUUUUUGCUUAGACGCCAGCGGUUUAUGGCUAUGGUAAUACAGUAAAACCACGGUGGGAUUUAUAGUGCAGGAAAGAAUAAUGUGCUCAAUGCUUGAAAGUCACUGUUCUCCCUGGCUGGGUAUUGCGUGUAAUGGAACGUAAGAAAACGUAUUCUACAAUGUUCAAAAUGAUACGUCCAGAAAUCAGCUUCUUUUUUCUAAAUAUUUAUUGACUUCAUUUUCAUUUUCUAACACAUCAUAGAUUGCAUUUAAUACAUGCUUUUUCCAAAUAUUGCAUUUUAUUACAAGAAAUAUCAAAUUAACAGUAUUUAAAAAACAUGAAUUUGUUUUGAUGAUUUUUCUUAACGAUUCUGAACAUUAAAAUAAUGAUAACAGAUAUUAUGUGUCACGAAAGCGGUUAAGUUAAACUUGUGUGUGUAAAUAUACAUGAAUAUUGUCUUUGUAUGAAUCAGCGCUUCUUUCUACCACUCCUAAGCGCUCCCGGGCUCAAGCAUACAUAGACAAUAUGCACGUACGUGUACACACACGAGUAUGUCUUACCCGCUUUCGCACGAAUGCCCAGCUAGACAAGGACAGAGAUAGUCCGUAGGCAAAGAAAUGUGUCUCGGUGAUAGUUCGGUAUAUACAUGGGGGGUUUAUUUAUUAUUCCAUAACGUAAUAAAAACGAAUGUAAAGUUUAUAA